GCGCAGCUUCAUCAAUGCAAUCUGGAUAACAUCUUCUGCGCCGCUCCCCUCUUAUUCCUCUUCCACCAACAACCCCCCACCCCCAAUCCCAGCAAUUAAAAAUGACAGACUCCAAACCCGCCCCCCCAACAACAAACCCCCGCGGCAUCCCCGCAGCCCCCUUCAUCGACGCCGUCACAGACUACGUCUCCAGCCGCGCCGAGGUGGAACCGACCCUGCGGUCCUUCCAGGAGAUGAUCUCCAAGUACCAAUUCAUGGAGGUCAACACGACGAAGCGGGCGGCGGGCCUGCGCGACAAGAUCCCGGACAUCACCAAGACGCUCGAGAUGGUGCGGUUCUUGUCGUCCCGGAAAUCCACCGACGCCCCGCUGGAGACCAACUUCGAGCUCAACGAUACCCUCUACGCCCGCGCCACCGUCGCCCCCGCCGACGCCGACGAGGUCUACCUCUGGCUCGGCGCUAACGUCAUGCUCGCCUACCCCAUCGCCGAGGCCGCCGCCAUGCUCGCGGAGAAGCUGGCCGUCGCCGAGACGUCCCUGCAGAACUGCGAGGAGGAUCUGGAGUUUCUACGGGAGCAGAUUACGACGCUGGAAGUCGCGACGGCGAGAGUCUAUAACUGGGAUGUCGUGCAACGGCGGAAAGAAAAGGUCGAGGGGAAGGGGGAGGAGGAGGAGGAGAAGCAAUAAACAACAACACUUCGGGCUCGGUUUGGUUUUUGUCAUCGCUGGCGUCUUGAUAUCAUUGCAAUGUAUGUAUGUAUGGAUGUAGGUACUUCUGUCAACCACAAGCAGAUUCUUCUUUUUAGCACCAC